UGUAGACUUCAGCGAAGAGAAAGAAGGCAUUCGUCAGCGGAGGAAGGCCAACCGAGCGAAGCUCUUUCUUUUGGCCGUGCCUUGAAGUUAAAUUGUAUCGUAUGUUAGUUAGAGAGGUUAGCGAACUACUACGAUCUAUAGAUUCUCCAUCUAUAUCCAAUCCCAACGAGAAUAGAAGCGAGUCGCUUCCGGCUUGGCUUGUAAUCGUAGUCUUUUAGCUUAUGUAGUGGUCGGCCUUCCUACACGCACGCGCUCGCAAGUACAACUUGCCUUGGUUCGGGACGAAGCCAAGCCGAUACAUAUGAUAGGCGAAGGAAAGACCUCCAUUUCAUAGCGCCUGGAGAACGCAAGUUUGAUCGAGGAUUGGAGAGGAAGGGUGGAAGAAAGGGCUCGGGAUGGAUUUAGGAGUCUUUGUGCGAGCCGUAUGCGGCGAGAGUCGCACGUACGGUAACGAGGGGGGUUCGCGUCUAUACGCGUAGUGUGGUGGUUUGGCCUACCCACCCUAUUUGUUCCAUGAUCUAUGGGUCUACAGGAGCUACCCAUUUCGAUCAAUUAGCCAAGAUUUUGACCGGAUACGAAAUCACAGGUGUUGGAUCUAGUGGUAUUUUUAUGGGAAUUCUUUUUAUCGCUGUAGGAUCCCUAUUCAAGAUCACUGCAGUUCCUUUUCGGGCGGCUGUAGAACGGACGGCCGCCUAUAAGUGGUAGGUUAGGGUGGGUGGUACCGCUCAGAUUGCGGCCAAUCUUCCUAACCGCGCGCGGGCUGGGCUUAGAGCGCGUGAAACUCAUCACUACCUCGUAAGGGCGUUGAGACCAUAGCAUGUUAAACGAAAGCGCCGCUUUCUCUCUAGUGUUGUCACACAGCUGCCCGCCUAGAAGAGCCGCUCGCUCUCUAGUGUUGUCACACAAGAUAAGCACGCCGCCCGCCUGCUGGCCGGGCGAAUCGAAGUUCUCUUCCGGUCAACUGUCCCCCAGUCAAGUGCAAAAAACACAGUAGAAUCACGCAAUGCACGCUGCUGGUGUGCUUCCUGCCCGCGAGGAAAGAAAGAAGAGCGACAAGGUUCAGUUCAGAUUUUACUGUUUGCAGUAUGGGAGCAGAUUACCCAAAAAAUCCCUGGGAACAAUGAAAAAAUAGAUAUCUCGGUAUCGAAAACUAUAGGAGGCUGUAUUGGCGAGAUCCAACGGUAAACAGCUGCCUAAAAGAAAAACCGCCUGGAAGUCCGAGGACCUUUAGUACUGUACCCUACCCCCGAACCAGCAGCCUUCGCGCCAAGCAAGACCGCCCUUGUCCCCUUCCUUUCUCCAUUCUGCCUUCUUCUUUGCUUUUGCUUUGUUUCAAAGGUUAUGUAGUAGCUUAUUAGAAUAAUAAGGAGUCUAAGGCAAAGCUAAAGUGGUUCGUAUGCCUACUUUACCCACUUGACGAAAGGGAACGAACUUUGUUUCGUUUCCGGGUUUAUGGAUUGGAUUCAGUCAGCGUCACGACAUAAUCAAAAGGAAGGAGUGACACUUACCGGCGAACCAAAGGGAAUUCCUAUUCACUUACUUGAAUAAGUAAGGAAAGAAGUAACUAUCAAAGAACUCACACGACUGAAGUACCAAAGGUGCGCUCCGCCCGAUGACUAAGAAAUAGGGUUGGGCUUGAAUUGAAGUGAUGAGGUCGCAAAGAGGAAAGUAGGGCUCCUAUUGACUAAAGGUUGCUUUUUCGGGUUCCUUUAGAAUGAAAGUAGCUUACGCUACCUUACUACUUACUUUGUUUUAUUCAAAGGGCGAACAGCCCCCCAACUAGUCGUAUGGGGGGGUGCUUGUGGUAAGCUGCCUUGGAUAGGAAGAAUUCCUAAAAAGAAAAAAAAGGCAAAGUCCGGUAUUUGACGAAGAUCUUCCUUUCUAUCAAUAGAUAGGAAUGAGUGUUCGAUAUAGGGGAUAAGAUCUAUCUGGUCUUUUUCUUUAUUUUUUUUCAUGGCAUAGCUAGGACCCUUCAAAUCAUGUUUGAGCCUAUGUUCAAACCAAACCCACUCCCUAUUUGAAGUAAGGCCGGAAGCCCGCCAAGUUCAGAUAAGAGAAUGCUUUUCUCUAACCAUUAAGGGAAAGGCUCGACGAAGGUUGUUUACUUGCUUACUUGAACAAGUAAGGAAGGAAAGGGCUUUCGGAGAUCGAUAUUUUCUUAGUUUUUCAUCGAAAACGAAGAAGACCGAGAAUGUCAAUCUUUCUUUCGAAAGAAGGGAACGCGCUUUUUCGACCGCGGUGGUAUGAUUUUCGGGCCUUCUCCUCGUUCCGCUCGCUGGCCUAUUGGGAUAGCAGCCUUUGGGCUUUGCCUGCUCUUUUUUAAAAAUUUAAUAAAGAAUUCCGACUCGGCCCGGGAAAGCGCUGGCAACAACAGAAAGGAAGGGGUCCAUGUAGCUGCUGCGUCCGCUCCCUUCUUAGUCAAUAGAGCAGCAGGUUCGGCAUCUACUACAAAAGAUAGAAUCCACUUCAGAUAACCACGCCUCUCCUAGGCAGCGUGUGGAAUGGCCGAGAGCGGACCUUUUUGGAUAUAUAAUCCAAGUCGAGAGUGGAGUUACGGGAACAGCCGUCUGAUGGAAAACAACUUUCACGUUCGGUUCAGAGAGCACUUUUUUCGUUGAGAAUUCUUCGUUCCCUUUCGUGUGAAUUCCCUAGCAGCGAAUUAAAAACUUUUGGGGCCCUAUCUAUUCCAUCUAUCGAGCCCCGAAGAAAACCUACCUCCCCUUCGGACUCAAUCUCUUUUUUGACUCUAUAUAUGUGGGCACCGGAUAUCUAUGAGGGUUCACCCACCCCGGUUACAGCAUUCUUUUCUAUUGCGCCUAAAAUAUCUAUUUCUGCUAAUAUUUUACGUGUUUUUAUUUAUGGUUCCUAUGGAGCUACAUUGCAACAAAUCUUCUUUUUCUGCAGCAUUGCUUCUAUGAUCUUAGGAGCACUGGCCGCCAUGGCCCAAACGAAAGUAAAAAGACUUCUAGCUCAUAGUUCAAUUGGACAUGUAGGUUAUAUUCGUACUGGUUUCUCAUGUGGAACCAUAGAAGGAAUUCAAUCACUACUAAUUGGUCUCUUUAUUUAUGUAUCAAUGACGAUAGAUGCAUUCGCUAUAGUUUCAGCAUUACGGCAAACACGUGUCAAAUAUAUAGCGGAUUUGGGCGCUCUAGCCAAAACGAAUCCUAUUUCGGCUAUUACCUUCUCUAUUACUAUGUUCUCAUACGCAGGAAUACCCCCGUUAGCCGGCUUUUGUAGUAAAUUCUAUUUGUUCUUCGCCGCUUUGGGUUGUGGGGCUUACUUCCUAGCCCCAGUGGGAGUAGUGACUAGCGUUAUAGGUUGUUGGGCGGCCGGAAGGUUGCCACGAGUAAGUCAGUGGGGACCGAAGGCAGUUCCCCGUGCACCGGACACGUAGCUUACCGUAUCAGUUGCGACACGGAUGGGAAUGCAUGCUACGAAAGAUAGGGUCGAGUCUGAUACAUCAACCGUCUGUCUACUCAAUAUCCUUGUACGAGUCCACAAUCACUACACGAGAUGAACCCUGGGUU